UUGUACUGUCUUGGUUAAUGUCUUCAAAUAAUAAUAAAUUAAUAUUUAGAUAAGCAAAAACGGCAAAAAAUCGGUCGAUCGCAAAGAUACCCUGAGAGUUAAUAUUUUAUUUAUAUAAUCAUAGGUUCUGCAAUUUAAGCAAUCAGUGGUUGUUUUCUAUUUAGCAAUAUGACAAACAUGUUGCAUCGGAACAAAAUAGAUGGAAGAUGCCGUACAUGUCUUGAAGAGGUUUCAGAGAAAAUGCAUGAUAUUUUCACCGAAUUCGUAAAUUCUACCAGUCUGUUCGGUAUGCUGACGUCAUGCACAUCUCUUUCGAUUGAUGUUGGAGAUGACUACCCGAAGCAAAUAUGCAAGAAUUGUUAUGACUGUCUCGUCAACUUUUGGCAAUUCAAGAUGUUGGCCGAAAAGAUAAACAGCCAGUUAACAACACAAACACAAACAAGUUCAGACAUAAAAGUUGAAAAUGAAGAAGUCAGCCUUGAUCAACAGAUGUCAGACGCACAUAUUGCGGACACUGAAACCAAUGAAUUUAAUAACCAGAAUGAAACUAUACCAAAAGUAGAAUCGUCAUUAGAAAUACCAACCAAUAAAACUUACAAAUGCAAAGACUGCUCUAGAGAAUUUGAAAAUGUUUACAAAUUGGAAGAACAUUACAAUUUGCUAUGCCAAACUUCUGUAUAUCAAUGUGAAUAUUGCAGUAAAACCUUUAAAAAGGAAUCCAAACUGGCCAGUCAUAAAUUACGGCACAAAAAUAAAAAACUUUACACAUGUAUUUUAUGCUCAGACACAUUCAGACAUCAUUUCAAAUAUGUAAAGCAUUUAGUAACACAUAACAAAGACGCGAAAAACAGGCAAUGCAUGUCUGAAAUAAACCAAAACAAUAACCAAAGUGUCAAAUGUGAUGUUUGUUCAUCCGAAUUUAAGUCUAUGAAUGCGCUAGCUGCUCACACCAGAAUACAUACGGACAAAGACAGGAUAUUGUCAUGUCCCAUUUGCAAUAAAAUCUUUAAGAAAACAAGCCACUUGAAAAGGCACGAAUUGUGUCACGAAGUUAACAAGCCGUUUAAAUGUGGUUUGUGUAAAAAGGCUUUCAUCACGGAGAGCAUCCUCAUGGAACAUAUGAAUAAGCACAAUGGUCUUAAGCCACAUGUGUGUCCGAUUUGUUCAAAGUGUUUCUCUCACAUGUCCACGUUGACCACUCAUGUGAAGAUCCAUACGAGAGAGAAGCCGUUCCUGUGCCCGACUUGCGGGAAAAGAUUCGAUUUGAGCACUAAUCUAAAUCAGCACAUGAAGAGGCAUCUCGGGUUGAAAUGUUUCGCUUGCGGCGCUUGCCCAAAAACUUUUGUCAGUAAAGGGGAACUGAAGUCCCACAGCAUAACCCACACUGGGGAGCGGUCUUUCUCGUGUGAUGUUUGUGAUGCAAAGUUCACCAAGAAGAGUUCCCUGAGGAAGCACACCUUGAGCCAUCUGGGAAUCAAGCCGUACCGUUGUGAUAACUGCACUAUGAAGUUCUCUAGCAAGUACCACCUCAAGCGGCACACUAGAAUCCACACCGGUGAGAAGCCUUACAAAUGUGAGAUGUGUGAACGCGGCUUUACGCAGAGCAAUGACCUCGCCAAGCAUCGGCGAGCGCAUCUCGGCGACAAGUUGUAUAGAUGUACCCAAUGCUCCGAAGGUUUCCGUCUGAAAGCCGAACUGCGCCAGCACAUCUCCGAACAUUUCAUAUCGGCCCGCUUCGAAGCUAUGACCGUGAAGAAUGACGCGGCAGCGGCGGACAGAACACCUGAUGAGCAUGCUCGCAUUGAUGAAAUAGUGGAGGAGGUGGUUGAGGGCAUGUUUAGUGAGGAACCUGGUGAGGAAGUUAAUGAGAUAUAGUAAUUUGCUAGUGCCGUGUGGUUCCCGACACCAAUACAAAAAAGAUUAGGACCACUCCAUCUCUUUCCCAUACAUACAUACAUACAUACAUAAAAUCACGCCUCUUUCCCGGAGGGGUAGGCAGAGACUACCUCUUUCCACUUGCCACGAUCCCUGCAUACUUCCUUUGCUUCAUCCACAUUCAUAACUCUCUUCAUGCAAGCUCGGCGGUUUCGGGUACUUUUGACCUGACCCUUUACCAGGACGUCCUUAAUUUGAUCAAGAUAUGUUCGUCUAGGUCUUCCCACCCCGACCUUUCCCUCCACACUCUCCAUGUAUAUCUGCUUAGUCAACCUGUUUUCAUUCAUCCUCUCCACAUGACCGAACCAUCUCAACAUACCCUUUUCUAUUCCUGUAACUACAUCUUCUUUCACAUCACAACAUUCCCUUAUCACGCUGUUCCUUAUCCGGUCACUCAAUUUCACACCCAACAUACUCCUUAACGCUCUCAUUUCCACUGCAUUUAUUCUGCUUUCGUGCUUCUUUUGCCAUACCCAACUUUCACUCCCAUACAUUAAUGUCGGGACCAACACGCCCCUGUGCACAGCCAGUCG